UAAUUUCAUCAUAAUAUAAUUAAUUAUAAAAAUUGAGUACAAAUCAUACAUUUUUAUAGUAAAAAUCAUAAAUUUUUCCAGUAAAAAUGGCUAGAUUUCUUCCAUUUUUGUAUUAUUUUUUCUUCUCCAUUACAAUAACACUUUCGUUAAGUUGUCAAGCCACCAACGAUGAAUGGGUGACGGAUGCCCAUGCUACAUUUUAUGGUGAUAUGAAAGGAGGAUAGACUAUGUAUGGUGCUUACUCACAAGGUUACGGCCUUGAAACAGCAGCAUUAAGCACUGCAUUAUUCAACAACGGAUCAGCAUGUGGUUCGUGUUAUGAGAUACAAUGCAUAAACUCCAAAUGGUGCAAACCCGACCAUAAUACUAUUAAGAUCACUGCCACAAACUUUUUCCCCCCUAAUUACACAAAAACAGUCGAUAUUUGGUGCAAUCCUCCUCAAAAACACUUCGAUUUAUCACUUAAGAUGUUCUUAACCAUUGCGGAAUACAAAGCCGGGAUUGUUCCUAUACGAUUUCGCCGAGUUCCUUGUGUUAGAAAGGGUGGCCUGAAAUUCCUACUACAAGGUACUCAAGGUUGGUACCUUGUACUAGUGUUUAAUGUUGGAGGUGUUGGAAACGUUGUUGAUGUUAAGAUUAAACCGUCUAAUUCUCAUAAUUGGAUGCAAAUGACGCGUAAUUGGGGGCAAAAUUGGCAAUUCACGGGAAAGUUGAUAGGGCAAAAUUUGUCAUUCCAAGUGACUACUAGUGAUGGUAAAAUGGUGCAGUCUGAUAAUGUUGUACCGACUAAUUGGCAAUUUGGCCAAACAUUUGAAGGCAGCAAGAACUUCUAAUUUACAUAAUUAAGUAUAAAUUGUUAUUGUUCUUUUAGUAUUUGACGUACGAGUUUAAUUGAAUGACAUGGUUGUAAGAGAGAUCGGAAAGUUCGAUCCUUUUUCAAUUAAUAUAAGUAAAAUAGUUUCUUUUGUUGGAAA